UUUUCUGCAGCCAUAAUUUGAUUUACUGUAGAAAGAAUUCAAUGACCAUGACACAAUGACAUUCUUGGAACUUUCCUUUUACUCCACUUACACAACUCAACUCUGACACACACAGAGUCCCAAACAAGAUAAACUCUUGAAAUUUCUUGGGUAGAAAACAUGGUGGUGAAAGUGUAUGGUCCAACCUAUGGUUGUUCGAAAAGGGUGUUGGCCUGUCUGUUUGAAAAAGAAAUAGAGUUUGAAACAGUUGAUAUUGAUCUCUUCAAGGGAGAGCAUAAACAACCCGAUUUCCUCAAACUGCAACCUUUUGGAGAGGUUCCUCUUAUUCAAGAUGGUGAUUUUACCCUCUACGAAUCUCGAGCAAUAAUCAGAUACUAUGCAGAAAAGUACAAGGACCAAGGAACCGAUUUAUUAGGAAAUACAAUAGAAGAAAGAGGUCUUGUGGAACAAUGGCUUGAAGUGGAUGCUCAUAGCUUUCAGCCACCAAUCUACAGCUUGGUCAUCCAUGUUCUGUUUGCUCCAUUAAGGGGUGUUCCUUCUGACCAUAAACUGAUUGAAGAGAGUGAUGAAAAGAUCAAAAAAGUGUUGGAUAUUUAUGAAGACAGACUAUCAAAAACAAAGUACUUGGCUGGUGAUUUCUUCAGUCUUGCUGAUCUUAGUCAUCUUGGAUUUGGUCACUAUUUGGUGAAUCAAACUGGGAGAGGAAAUUUGGUUAGAGAAAGGAAACAUGUGAGUGCUUGGUGGGAUGAUAUCAGUAGCAGACCAUCUUGGAAGAAGGUUCUCGAGUUAUAUAAAUACCCUGUCUAAUGGUUCUGCUGGUGAACUUCAUUGCAAAUACACCAAAUAAGUAAUAUGGUUUGAAUAAAAUGGAGGCUACAGCAAUGUACUGAUCUGCUGUUUGAUUUCUAGUUUGGUUUGUUCUAGUUAAUAUGUUGUAGGAAGCUCCAAAUAUAUGUAUGUUUUUGUUAAACCUGGUUGCAAUAAUAAAAUUUCAUGUUUGGUCA